UACAACGAAAUUAGUACUAGCAUUGCAAUACCAGCCCAGAAGUUAUACUUUCAACAACCCUAGCUUUUGACUCCACAAGAACUAGCCAUCGGGCACUGCCAACGUCAUCACCACAAGUUAACGCUGUUCAACUUUUACACAUCACUAUCGAAUUUAUCAGCAUCAACAUCGUCGUCGUCAUUGAUUUUGAUAUUAUGAUCCACACAAGCAACACCGUCAUCAUAAUCAUCUUUAUAAUCACCACCAUUUAAUAAUCAUACCUAUACUAUAACCAUCUCCAUCAUAAUCAUUCUUACCAUUACCACCAGUACAAAUAUCCUCGACCAUACAAUCCAUAGAAGAUUACGAGAUACAUUUAUAUAAUCACUUUUCUGAUACCACGCGUAGGAACCUCGCGUCGAAUCGCCUUCUGAUUUGGGACACCGCGCAUCUGGCUUACCAGGUCCCACGCCUUUCUAUUCUGAACGUGUACAACAAUACCCAGUUCCUACCCAACGAUGAUAUCUUCUCUUUGCCAAGACUACGCUUGAUACAAGGCCUUCUAACAGUAUCAAAAGUCGAGUGUCACGCCUGGAAAAACUUUAGCAUCAUUCCUUUCUUGCUCUCUCAAAUAGACAGAAUUGGGUCAAGCAGACAUAAGCACCCUGGUGAACUUAUCACCACCAUGACUGGCAGCUACUACAUUCCUGUCGAAAAGCACAUCUGCUAUGGACUACAGGCCUCAUUCAUUCACCCAAACCUAACACUGUACAAAAAACACGACUUCGCAGUGACGUGUAGCCCGUCAACCUCUUCCAUUGGUCCCUCGUCGCUGUACAAAUUCGUAGAAGGAAAUCGUUGCUGGAAAACUAUGAACGCUAUAUCGUCCGUCACUUUGGCCUUGGGGUUAGUAGGAAUUGUAUUCAAUGCCUCUGUCAUAGUAACAACUCUUCGGUGCCGCCGUCUUCGUCGAAAUGUGGCGUUGAGUCUCAUGUGCAACAUCGCUUUCGCUGAUCUUCUCACAGAUUUGUACUUGGUGGUAAUCACUUCCACGCGUCGUGCGCAAACCUUCAUAGCGUACUCCCGUCUGAUUUCAACCCCUUUCUUCUGUGAGCUCAUCAGUAUCCCUAUGAUUACAGGGCUGUUUGCCAGUCUUUUACUGUCGUUUCUACUGACGGCUGAGCGAUAUUGUAAAAUUGUACACAGUUUUAACUUCAACCUUCAAUUUAAGAUUGGACGGUGGACGAAGUGGUUUACAUUGGGCGUUUGGUCUUUCACAUUUAUAUGCGCUAUCUUGAUCUCCACAGUGAAACACAUAACGGGGUGGUUUGAUUCCAUGUGCGCACCCUUGCGAGGCAUCCAUGGGUUCGACGUCAGAUUAGUGAUUUUAGUUAUCGCUAUUCUUGUCUACGUCACUUGCGCUUCACUUUACUUCAAGAUCUACAAGACAAUUAAACAUUCUACACAGAACGUUGGCAUCCAGAUAGAAGGCAAACUAGCACGGAAAUUUGUGUUUCUGAUCACUUCGAAUUUCCUGUUUCUCGUCAUGCCGGUCGGAAUUUCCUGGUUGAUCGUGGAGGUACCUUCCGGAGUCGGAGCAGACACCAAGCAAACGAUUUGGAAAACCUUGAGCUAUAUCUCAUUGAGCCUCAACGCAGUUCUUAAUCCAUUACUGGUGGCGUUUCGGCAUAGGUUGUUCGUGCGGGAGUUUAAACGUCAGUGGCGAUGUGUUAUCGUGGUUGCUCCACUUGCUCUAUAACCUGCUCAUAGUUUAGGCAUCAUUGGCAAUGUGUUGUGGUGGUUACCCCACAUGUUUGAUUAUGUGUUUAUAGUUUAGGCAUCAGUGGUGAUUUAUCGUAAUCACACCACUUGCUCCACACACGGGCACUCCAAAUCUUCCUUUCUUCAGGGGACGGCUACAAUCGGAGGUUCGACGCUACCUAGCUGAAUUUGAGCGCAAAGAGCGAUGCGUUGACGACACAGUGGACUACGACCAUGACACGGAACAACACUGGUGGAGGACUAUCGAAUUCCUCACUCGCGUCGGACAACCCCGACCCCAAACCUACUCCGGCAUGCCCGACUGCUGUCCCGGGAGAUAGAGAAUCACCCUCGCUGGCUCCAGCUCCUGUCGCCCGCCGAGUAACGCUACGCUGCCAUCGAGGGUGAGGCCCUCGUCGUUGCUUGGGGCAUGGAACAGACCCUCUACUUCACACAAGGGUGUGGCCACCUUAUGAUCAUCACUGUGAUAAAGAUCUUCGGCGGUCGUACGCUGGAUGAGAUCUCGAACUCGCGACUUUUCUGUCUCAAGAUGCGCACCCUACUAUGACGUUUUGAGAUACACCACCUGCCUGGAAAGAGCAGCCACACAGCAGAUGCCACGUCUAGACACCCAUCCCCAUCACACACGGAAGAGAAGGCCCCCCCCCCACGCUCAGCGAGUCCCCAUGACGCCGCAGAGAUUGCGCUAAUGACCACCAUACGGGAUACUGCCCAGGAGCUAGGUGCCAUCUCCUGGACCCUCCUAGCGCAGGAAACAGCCGCAAACGUUUGCAUGGGCGAUCUUCUCUAUUGAGAAAGGAACCCAACUUAGCAGAGAUGACCCAACCCUGGCAAACUUUGGACCCUCUACGAAUCCGUCUACCAGGAGGAGGGCGUCCUCAUGUACCAAGAUCGACUGGUGAUCCCCCCAUCCCUACGACAGCCGGUGCUCCCGAGCCUGCACACUGCUCACCAAGAAACCUCAACGAUGGAACAGCGGGCCCGUUCCAUUGUAUACUGGCUGGGCAUGACGAAUGACAUCCGUGUUACCAGGAAAAAAUGCCACGACUGUAACAGGAGCGCGCCGUCACAGGCCAGAACCCCACCUUUUCCCACUGCGCCGUCAUCAACCCGUUCGAAGUAUUCGUUCGGGUAUUCGAAGCAGUGUUCGCCGACUUUUUUACUUCUUCCGGCUAGGUAGAAGUUCCCCAGCCAAGAACAACCUUGCAGGAAGUACAAGAUCAAUUCGCCAUCUCCCUGCCUUUUUCGCCACGUUCGGUGUACCAGAGCAGCCCUCGAGUGACAGAGGCCCAGGGUUCAACACCAAAGCUACGGAGGACUUCCCACGUUGGCCUCGGACUGGAGGGGGGGGGGGGGGGGGAUGAAGGGACUACCGCUGACUACCGCUGACCGGUACGAUGACUCAAGUAGACCGCUGACAGGACUUCUCGGUCGGUCAUCUUGGAUCACGGUCAUACGGUAUAAUUUGGGAUACUCACUGACUCAUAAUCGUGAGUUUGUUACUUUAGAUGAUUAGCCGAUUGUAUGUAUUAGAUUCUUAGUUAUCAUCGUUUGUGAUUAAAGACAUUUAACGAUCCACAAUCGAGGUGUUUUUAUCAGUGAUGGUAUUGGCCGCACCACUUGCUUCAUAACCUAUCCAUAGUUUAGGCAUUAGGGUUUUUCAAUCCGCAACAAAACAGAAUCUAAAAGCGAUGCCUCCAGGCAAUUAGUUUGAAACAGGAGAGUGCAACCAAAAAAGAAAUAGCUCAAUUUGUUUGGGAAGCAACAACAAUAAGGAAAAGUGCUUUGUAAUGAGAACUAUAUAAUGACAUCGCUACAAAGUACGAUGAUAGAGAAUUUAUUGUAAAUAGAAAUAUAAUUGAAAACCAAUUGUAAAUUUAGUUUUUCAAUAUGAAUGUAUUUGGGGCAACGCCCGUGAAUCAAAGAUGAAAAGGUGCCAAAUAAAAUUUUGAACAAUUAAAAAAAA